GGAUUACCGCUUGCUAUAAACACAACUCGACCCCAACAUUACACAGACGAUGGCGAGCCCGCUUCAAGACCCGGCCUCGUCGUCGAAGCCGUAUUAUGACCCGGCGCCUAUGCCUGCGGAUGUUCCGCGGGUAAAUGAGCUCGGGACGACGAGUGCGCCGCUCAAGAGCGCCGCCUUUUUCAUUGGAGCGUACUGCAAGGAGUACAAUGAGGACUUCAUGCUCUGCAAAGCGGAGAACAGGGAUCCCGCUCAUUGCUUGAAGGAAGGUCGACGUGUAACGCGUUGUGCUACCGACCUCAUCACGAAGAUGCGGGAGAACUGUCUGAAGGAAUUCGAUGCCCACUGGGAAUGCUUGGAGAAGAAUAACCAAGAAUACUAUUUGUGCCGUAAACCAGAACGUACACUCAACAAAUGCAUGUUCGAGAAAUUGGGUCUUAUGAAGGAGAUUCCAGGUACUCCAGAGGGAAAGACUCCUAUACAUUUGGUAGAGAACCCAGUAUUUAAGGCAAUCCAGAAAUAGAUAGGCAUAGUGCAAUAUAAG